AUGUGUGAACCUGCCCCUCCAAAGCUACACUCAGCCUGGCACUCUUUUCUAGAAUGUCCUGCCCUGCUGCUUCUGCUGUCUUUGCUGCUGCUUCCUCUGGGCCUCCCAGUCCUGGGCGCCCCCCCUCGCCUCAUUUGUGACAGCCGAGUCCUGGAGAGAUACAUCCUGGAGGCCAGGGAGGCAGAAAAUGUCACGGUGGGCUGGGCUCAAGGCUGCAGCUUCAGUGAGAAUAUCACCGUCCCAGACACCAAGGUUAAUUUCUACACCUGGAAGAGGAUGGACGUCGGGCAGCAGGCCGUGGAAGUCUGGCAGGGCCUGGCUCUGCUCUCAGAAGCCAUCCUGCGGGGUCAGGCCCUGUUGGCCAACGCCUCGCAGCCGUCUGAGACCCUACGGCUGCAUGUGGACAAAGCCGUCAGUAGCCUUCGCAGCCUCACCUCCCUGCUGCGGGCGCUGGGAGCCCAGAAGGAGGCCAGCUCCCUUCCAGAGGAAGCUUCUGCUGCUCCACUCCGAACGUUCACUGUUGAUACUUUGUGCAAACUUUUCCGAAUCUACUCCAAUUUUCUGCGGGGCAAGCUGACGCUGUACACAGGGGAGGCCUGCAGGAGAGGGGACAGGUGACCAGGUGCUCCCGCCCUGGACACGUCCACCACCUCACUUACCACUGCUGCCUGUGCCACGCCUCUGCACCCCCCACUCCUGACCCCUGUCGAGGGGUGAGCAGCUCAGCACUAAUCUGUCCCACGGACACUCCACGGCCAGGGGUGACAUCUCAAGGGCCAGAAGGACUGUCCAGAUCUAAGGAUGUCAUAGGGCCAGCCUGAGGCCCUGGAGCAGGAGGAAGUCGGAGGAAAUCAGCUUAAACUUGGAAACAGAGCCUUGCUGGGGAGACACCAAAACUCACCUCAGUGCCCUGCUGAACGGUGAUGCCAGGCCAAGCUGGAGGGCAAAUACCUCUUUUUUGCACCUAUCAGGCAAGGACAGGAGGGACUGGAGAAUUUCGGGGGCAAGCCAUGAAUUCUCUGGGUCUCAUGGAUACUCCCAUGACAGCAAGAACCCACUGGACAAAGGGUGGUGGGAGCCAUGACGAUGGGAUGGGGGCUGGCCCCUGGCUCUCCCUGGGUCCAAGUUCUGUGUAUUUUUCAAUCUCACUGGCAAGAA